GUUGUUUAAAAAUUCGUACCCUUCGUCAGGCGCAAAAGUUUUAUCUCAAGUUUUAAUCUCUCUAUUUACAUUGAAAUGCGCGUAUUUGCGCCACGCGCGCUGACGUGUUGUCCGCAAUAGCCUAAGACAAUGAGUAUUCAUUUGAAGAGGCGUCAAAAGAAGGUCUUCCCCCUCUACUGAAAGGCAGCCUGGAAAAUAAUGCUCCUUGAAAGCAGCUUUUUGUAAAAUUCGGCCGGAAGUUUUGAUCACAAUAAAGUAAAACUGGAAGACGCAAUGGACGACGCUCUGGGCGAGGAGCUCGGUGCCGCCGACGAAUACACGCUGACCACCUUCUUGUCAUGGGCCUCCUCUUUGGCAAUGAUAUUUGGCGGAGUGGUUCCGUACAUCCCUCAGUACGCUGAAAUCAGACGGACUGAAAACGCCGAGGGUUUCUCUUUGUAUGUCUGUUUUGCGCUGCUCAUUGCCAAUACUCUCAGGAUUUUAUUCUGGUUCGGCCGAGGGUUUGAGCUUCCACUUCUAAUUCAGAGCGUAAUCAUGAAUAUUGCCAUGCUGGCCAUGAUCAAGUUGUGUGUGGAUGUUAAAAACAAAACCCUUAUCACCAAAGUGUCUAAAGACAGGCAUUUUACAGCCGGAGCUUCUAAUUUGGUGCACCACACUUUGCGUGAUUUUGACCUGAACUUCUUUUGGCAAUGGACCGACUUCCAAUCAUACCUCGAGUGCAUGCUCUUCGUGGCAGCCGUCGGGAGCGCUUCCCUCUAUAUUUUCUCUCCGUCUUACUGGUUCGUCGAAGGACUGGGACUCUUUGCCGUCCUCUCUGAAUCCCUGCUCGGCGUGCCGCAAUUGUUGCGAAAUUUCAAGCAAAAGUCCACAGAGGGAAUGAGCGUGAAAAUGGUGCUGAUGUGGACAAGCGGUGAUACAUUCAAGACUUGCUACUUCAUUGUUAAAAAAGUUCCAAAGCAAUUUCCCGCUGGAGCGAUCAUGCAGGUGAUCGUUGAUAUUUUGAUAAUGGGGCAAGUGUAUUUUUAUCGAGGGAAAGCGCGGCACGCUGUUCGUCAAGAAUGAGCGCAAUCAAAAACUUUAUUUCUAUGGGAUGAUUAUGUGACAAAAUGCGUGAUUUUUGUGUGUAAAAUUGUAAAUUUACACUCACUUUUGAGGUUUUUAACUUAAAAUUACUUUUUUUUCAAUCAAUAAAUUUGUAAAUAUUUUCUUUACUACUUGCUGACAUUUGAUUAAUUUUCUAUAAUGUUAAAUAAACAUGGAAUAUGAAAAAUUAUUCCAAACCUGACUUAUAUGUA